CCUCUAUAUAAUCUCUUGCGCAUGCGCAGUUGCGCAAUGGGGACGACGCUCUGGUGGGAUCGCAACCAGGUACAAAAAUGACUGUUCGUCGAUAUUCCAUGUCCUCAUCAGUUCUUCAUAAUAUGGGUUAUUAUAAACAAGGUAUCUACAAAAAGAGGCAUUCCAGUAGCUCAACACUGGACCUGAACAGUUCUGUACAGAUUAAUGACACAAUGGAAGCUCCAGAGAAACAAGCGAACUCAGAAAAGGAAAGUACUGCAUCUGAUAGUGUACUGGCUACUGAAAUCCCCAAAGCAAGAUCCUUCCAGGAAUAUAUGCACAGAUGCAGGGGCAAAGUAAAGGCUGUAACAUUCCUGAUGCCGAUGGACAUGAGAGAGUACAAUGAAAAUCAAAUGACUUUCCAGGACCCACAAAAUCAGAGCUCAAAUCACUUAAGUACCAUCAUUGAAAAGGAUCCAUGACCUGUGAAUUUUUUAAGACUGACUCAUUAUGAUGAGCUGGCACUGAAAUGAUAGCUGGGGAUGAGGUUACUCAGCAAUAGGUGUAAGCCGUCUCAUAUGGACAAAACAAUCGCUUUGGGUCUCUAAGCUUUUGUUAUUAGAAACCUGAGGACAUUCAAAACAGCAUAAUGCUGUUAUCUUACAUAUAUCUGUUCAGCAAUCUCAAUAGCAUAAAUUCUUUUAUUUAACUUUUGUAGUUGUUACUAUAUACAAUGUGCCCUUUGAUAACAACAAAAGGUCAGUUUUAUAAUGUCAUAUAAGGAAAUGUAUUUAUCUUUUGUUCAUAAAGAAAUUAAAUAAACAAGUGUUACUUUAUGUUAAAAAGUAAUGGAUACAAAACAAUAUUCUUUUCUAAUAAACAGGAAAGAUGCAUAAGAAAGUCUGUAAGAUCCAUAGUGCUUAGCAUAUAAUUAUUUUGCGGGUUUUACAGCCAGAAGUAAUAUUUUUUAAUGCCUCAUUAUUUGCUGCACAUUUAUAAUAGAAGAAAACCCAUUUUUCUAUUUUUUUUACUUUGCUUAAAAGAAUUGUAUUUAGGGCUAGAUUACAAGUGGAGCGCUAAUUUAUCACACACCUGCCAAACGGGAAAAUUUGCCCGUUUACGGGCACGCAAUAAAUAAUCAGCCUUUACAAGUGGCUGGUUAAUACUACCACAAGCUCGAGGUAGCAAUAAGAAUUUAUAAAAUUAACCAGAGAUCUCAUCUCUGGUUAAUUUUAUAAAUGUGCCCAAAAUGGCCCCAAAAUACAGUAUAGUGUAUUUAAAAAAAAAAAAAAAAAUUGUAGCAAUUUUAUUUUUUAAUAAAUUAACUGCACUAGGCAGUAUUUUGGGGGUAAAGUUGGCAGGAGUGGGGUGUUAGAACGAGGCUCCCAUUGGAGCCAAUGGAAGCGUGCUCCCGUGAGUACAAUGCAAACGUGUCAACAUGUAAUACCAGUGUACAUUAGCGUGCGCUGGUAUUACUCAGUAGAGCGCAAAUAUCGAUUUCACAAAAGUAAUAUUUAGCACUCCACUUAUAAUCUGGCCCUUAAUCUGUUUCAAUACAACCAAUGUAACAUUGUAAGCAUCAUCUUUAAUAUAUAUAGGAGCCUCCUGUACCUUGUGCCUGUGUGUCAUGCUUAUCACAAGCAAGUCAAAGGCCAGGGAUGGGACAUUUUUCUAUUUUCUGUGCUGAUGAUAACAUUUCAUGCUCAUAAGAUAGAAACAGUGACAUCAUUUGUAGGGUGGACUAGUUAAACACAGCAGACAUCAAAGCUGUAGGUAUGAGUAAUGUAAUUUGUUCCUGCAGAUAGUGAAUUUCACUCCAUCCAACUCAUAGUAAAGUAGUUCUGGGGUGUCAAGUUCUGUUUAAUAAAACAUUUUCAUGCAAUCUUUUAAGAUAAUUAAAUCACCUUAUUCAAGAUUAAUGCUUAAAGUAUAGUAAUAAUUUAUAUGCCCGAAGUGUAAUAAAGAGAAGCAACUAAUUAUAUGACUUGAUAAACAAAAACUUUUGUGAUAUAGCAAUUAACAAAACAUUUCUAGUUUUUCCAACAUAACUUUACAGAUGUGUACAGAGAACGUGUCAUUGACAUUAUUUAUGUUAUUUAUAUAUAUAGGAAACAUUCAAACAAAAAGAAAAUAUAAAGUAAUUUCCUACUAUCA